CAUGAACGGUAUUGCUGUUUCAACGGCCUAUCGAAGUCAACUGGAAGGAUUUAAAAUGCCGAGGAGCAGGCCUCUCCACAACGGUUGAAGCGAUAAUCAAUAGCAAGGUACUUCUACCCGUUCUAGGCAUCCGUUUGCUGCCAAUUGAAUGGUUGUGGCAUGCGCAUGCCGCAUGUAUUACGCAUGCAAUAUGACAAGGCAUGGAUGACGGUAUCAUCACGGUCAAAUUCAGAAUUCUGGACAGACGAAAUGAUAGAGGAAUUGCGUCAGGCAUGGUCCAGUGACUGAUGAAAUGAACACGGAAUCUUUAUAAAUUGCCAGUGCCCAUAACCAACGUUCGUAACUUCAACCAGCUGCUUUCCAAGUUGGUAUUGUAUAUACAUAUCCUUGAGAAUUCGACGUUAUCUGAUCGCGUUAGCGGUUAGAGAUGCCUUGGAAUCGAUUUAUUGCGCUCAGUUGCCUGAGCUGGGUGCCAGGGAUACUGGCAGUUCCCCAGGCAAAAGUUGUUCGAUCUACAACUGUUCCACCUGUGGUCGGUCACCCAACUUCGCUGACCCACACUCCAUUCAGUGGCACUCCAACCACCACCGGGGCUUUACAUGCUUCUUCAAUAGGCACUGGGGUUCCUAGCCCGGGGAUCUCGCCCACAGCGACAACUUACCCUAGCGAUGGGCAACUCCACGACCCUCAGCCAGGUCCAUAUAUCCCAGCUGGGGGUAUUGGAACUGGGGGAGAAACGCCGGUUUACAACGCGAAGAGCGACUUCGACUAUGAGUCGUUGGCUCUUGCUCUUUAUCAAGAAUAUACCGAGCUAGAUCUCUUCCACGAUGGCUUAGCCCGCUUUUCGGUAGAAGAAUUCACAGCUGCUGGGCUCACAGCUGAGGAUCGUUUCUUGAUCGAGUUUAUGGCGGACCAGGAGGUUGGGCAUGCAACGAUGAUUACCAACAUACUGGGCGCCGAAGCCCCUAGGAUGUGUACCUAUAACUAUCCGUAUACCACGGUACACGAGUUUGUGGACUUCUGUCAGAAGCUUACUCGCUUUGGGGAGUCUGGUGUUUAUGGCUUCCUGCCUCAUCUCAAUUCGCGCGAAGCAGCAAUAUCCCUUCUCCAGUCGAUUACCACAGAAGCUAGACAGCAAAUGAUUUUUCGUCAAUUCGAAGGACUUUUUCCGAUGCCGGUCUGGUUUGAGGUUGGUGUGCCCCAAUCUUGGGCUUGGACAUUACUGGCACCAUAUAUCAGUUCGUGCCCCGAGAAUCAGACCAGGUUGGCCUGGCAGAACUUCCCUGCAUUAUACAUCGAAAACCAGCCAAAUCCGAUGAGAAUCAACGGAUCAGCUGCCUUCAGUGAGACCGUAGGAGGAGGUGUGAAUUCAUUGAACAGCACCGCUGUCCCCAUCGACGCCUCUUGUGUCAACUCGACUACCCUGGGCUUUAGCUGCUAUCCUGCGAUCACGCACAACCGCACACUACCCCUGUCAUGGCCAGGCCGAGAGGUUUUCCUGCAUUGGGAUGAACCAGCUCGACCAGUCGGACCUAACAACAGCUACAUCACCUCGACGAGCGCUGGAGAUCCGAAGUACGUAGUGUGGGUAACGCAAUUGAAUGUGACAUAUUCUCCCCUAGAAAUGACCAGCGAUAACUGUGGAUCGACAAUUCAGCCUGACGUUCAAACUUAUGCCGGAGACCCUGCAGUUAACGGCACCAUGUUCAUUGCGAUUACAGACUCAGACCCCUAUUUGAGUCCAUUCAACCUAUCAAUGAUCAAUCCCCACGUAGUUGCUGGCCCAGCCCUCUAUCAAUCAGGUUAGAUAUAUCAUCUUGAGAAGUGUAUAAGCAUAUCAGCGGAGGAAUAUUAGGAUAUUUCAUUUCCCAGGUGUUGUUUCAUUUCUGAAGCCAGGAGGAAGCUUGGUGACGGGCGCGUUCCGUUGGACUGACGCACACUCGCGGAGACAAUUCGAUGGAAAUAUGCUGGAGUACCUGAUUGAUACUCAUAUAUUGCAAAAGUUGUCUUUUUGACAUAGCCAUGUUCAGGUCAAA